GUAACAAGUUCUACCCGCUUGAGAUCUAACUGCCUAGAAGUUGUAGACAGUGUAGACAGUGUCCGCUUGGAAUAUUUCUAACCCAUGAAGAUAGUGGGAGAUGAGAACAGUCUUUUUAGAACGGUCUUUUUACUAUUCUAGCUCUCGAGCAGUUCCCAUUUAAGAAAAUGUGGCCCUUGAUAGUGAGAUCUAUGGGCAGAUUCGGUAAAUACAUUACACUUCCUAUUGUGGGUAUUAUUGGAUUUAUUGGAUAUAAUGUGGAGGGAUGGAUAUCUGAUCGUUAUACACCAGCCACAAAACCUAUCACACAGCAACGACAAGAAAGGCUACUAGAAAAUAUAGAUGCCUCAACUACCAAAAAGAAACACAAUCCUUUAGAAGUUAAUCUUUCGCCGUCGUUGUCUAGUUAGGUGUGCAUUUUAUUAUAAUUUCGAUAUGGAAAAUAAUUACAACAAAAAGUUUGAAUAAAAUGUUA